AUGACAACGUCAGAUAUAAACGAUUUAUUAAAAGAUACUCACUUAGAACAAAAAUCCGAGACUGAAAAGACAGUAUUAGGCCCCUUUCCAAUGGAAAUUUGGGAAAACAUUAUGCAAAAAGGUAAUAUUAGAAAGGAACUUUUUUCUAAAAAUAAAACAUUUCUGAAUGGAUUGGUACCUUAUGAUUAUGGUGGUGGUGGUAGUAGUAUUGAUCACAUACACAUAUUAUUAGUGGUGAACUAUACGGGUAAAAAAACGGAAUACAGAAGAAAGUUGUAUGAAUUUUUAGAUGUUUAUUAUGAUGCUCCAAAUCGUAUUAGUGAUGGGAAGACAUUAGUUAUCUCAGAUUUUGAGGAAGUCAUGUUUUUACUUAAUAAUUUGCUCAAGAGACCUGAUUCAAUAAUUAAAAAAAACAUCUGCAAAUCUAUUAAUGUUGACAUUUCAAUAUUACGUGGAUAUAAGGAAUUGAUAUAUGAUUCUGAGGUUAAGCCUACGUUGACGCGUAUUGCAAAUCAAUUCCCCUGGUGCAGUUCAUCUUCAUUAACUCGAACUAUAGCUGAUGAUUUUUUUUAUGGAACAUAUUCACCUCAGCUUUUCAAAGAAGGUGAGAGUAGAUGGAGACAUCCUAAAUUAGGUAUAUCUAAAAAUGUUGAUACAGAUUAUUGUUACACCAAAGGUUAUAAUUUCCAUGAAAUGAUACAUCUUUCUGAACUUUUCAAAUCUUAUGAUUCAGGUGAAAGAAUUAAAUUAUUAAAGGUAUCUAGGCAUGAAGGACUUCAAGAAAAUCAUCCAUAUAAGAAAUAUGUAUUAUCACCGGAUCAAUUCGAACAAGAUCCAGGAUUUGAUGGUCAACAGCUAAAAAUAGAUGCUGUAAUUGCUUCACAUAAUAUCAAGAUUCCAAAAAGAAGAUCUUUCACUGAUCUUAAAACCAUAUUUCUCAUCAAAUUAAUUGUGCAAAGGUUAUCAUCUGUUAAAAAGUUCCAUGAUACUGAUGUUUCUAUAUUCAUUAGUGGAAUGUCAGAUUUCCAAACUACAACAGAAAUUCGUAAGAGUCAAAGAGGAAAGCGAGAAGCUCUUGAAGACAUGUGUAGAUAUAUACCACAUUUCACUCUAUUGAAUAAACCAAAAUCCUUAAUUUAA